UUUUUUGUAGAUUGACUAGAGCCAUACACGUGUUAGUGUGCUGGUUGAGAAGUGUGAGUUCAAUUAGCAGAAUUUUUGGUUGUUUGAAGGAAUUACAGUAAUUUUUCACUUCAGUACAAACAAUGGCUUCGGUCGAACAAGACGACUUAUUCAAUGUCGAAGACAAUGAGGAUGAGAUGGAAGAGGAAGAAGAAGAGGGGGAUGAUGGAGGGAAUGAGAAUUAUGGAGAUGUUGAAGGAGAAGAAGAUGAGGAAAUAGAAGAAGAUGGUGAUGGUGAUGGGGAUGAAGAUGAAGACGAAGAAGGUGAGGAUGAUGACGAUGAAGAUGAUGAUGAUGAGGACGAGGAUGGAGAAGAAGAGGAGGAAGAAGAAGAAGAGGAUGAAGACAUGGAAGGAGAGGAAGAAGAAGGCGAAGCGGAAGCAGAAGCCGAAGGAGGUACAGCAGAAGUUAAUAAGAAUGGUCAUGAAUCAAGUAAUAAAGGUGGAGAUGAUAAUGAUAACGAGGAGAAGUUUGAAGACGCCAAAGAAACCCAGGAUGAGGAAUUGAAACCUCCAUCACUGGAACUACAAGAAGGUGAAGCAGAUGAAGAAGAUAAAGAUAAGGAAGAAGAUAAUACAGAUAAUAAUCAAUCAGAAUCAUUGGAACAACAAGAUGGCACAGUCAAAGAGAUCAAUUUCCGAGAUGAUGUUAUAGCCAAAGCUAAGAUUGCUAGUGAAUUCGAUAUAAUACCUUCAGUAGCUAUACCUUAUACUUCACAAUGUCAUUCAUUGGCAUUUACUGAUGGUCCUAAAUGGAUAUUAACUGGAGGAGAAGAUGGAUUUAUUCGGAAAUAUGAUUUUAUAGCAUCUAUUCAAGGGAAAUCACCUUUAACUAUGGCACAAAAGCAUAAUUUAGUAGCUGAUUCAUUAACAAAAGCAGGAGUUAUAUGUUCAUAUUGGGAGAAUGAACAACCUAUGACAAGAAAACAAUUAAUGGAAGCUAAUCCCAAAUUAAAAGUUAGUGAUUUUAGUACAGGAUCUGUCAGUUAUGAACCUAAAGUUAAUCCGGUAUAUGCUUUAGAUGUUGAAAGAUCAGGUUAUUGGUGUUUAUCAGGAUUAUUAUCCGGAGGUAUUUCAUUAUAUACCAUGAGAUAUAAUGAGGGAGCUAUUCAUCAUUAUUUUCCUCAUUCUAAUAAGAAAUCAGAUGGUUUAAAAGGUCAUAAUGAUGCAGUAUCAGUAAUUAAAUUAAAUACUAGUCAAGAUAAAUUCUUAUCAGGAUCAUGGGAUAAAACUGUUCGAGAAUGGGAUCUUCAUACGGGGAAGACCAAUCGAAUCUUUUCUGGAAGUUCUGGUCAAAUAUCUAAUAUUCAAUAUCGUCCCCAAGGUUUAACUGAUUUAUCUAUUGAUAUUGUUGAAGAAGAAGAAGUAAUACCAGAACCAAUUAAAAGUGAAAAAUCUAUUAAUGGUGAUGGAGGUGAUGAAGAAGAUAAAGAUAUUGAUUCACUCUUUGGUGAAAGUGAUGCUGAAGGAGAUACAGAAAUAAGUAAUAAUAAAAGAAAAGAAGAAGAAAGUCUGGAUAAAGCUCCAAGUCAACCUGAAUUUAAUAAUAGUAAAAUUUCUAAUAAAACCUAUAAAAAUGAAGAUAUAUUUAUGAGUUCAAGUAUUGAUGGUACCAUAAACAUCUGGGAUGUUAGAGUUGCCAAUCCUGUAUUAAGAUUAGGAGUAUCUGAAGGUAUACCGCCUUGGUGUAUGUCUUCAACAUGGUCGAAUUGUGGAGAAUUUAUUUAUGCUGGUAGAAGAAAUAGUGUAGUUGAAGAAUUUUCUAUUAAGAUGCCUCAUAAGAGAAGUCCAAAAUCAGGACAAAAUAAGGAUACUAUGAUUCCUAAUGUACUGAAAUUAUUACAAUUCCCAAAGAUUUCGGGUCCUGUAAGUUCUAUAUCGACCAUGCCUAAUAAUAAUUUUAUAUUGUGUGGUUCAAAUGAUAAUAUUAGACUUUAUGAUUUAACCCUUUAUGAUGAACAUGCUAAUGUAGCAGUUAAUGCAAAGAAACAAGCUACACCAUUCUUAAUUAUUCCUGGACAUCAAGGAGGAAUGUUAAGUACCCUUUAUGUUGAUGAAACUGGUAGAUUCAUGGUAAGUGCUAGUGGUAAUAGAGGUUGGGGACAUUCUUCAUUCACCGAUACUGUCUUAAUAUAUGAAAUAGAUUUGAGUGGUUAGAUGCAAUGGAUUUUAAUAUGUAAUAUGUAAUAUUAGUUGAUAAUAAAUAAUUCAGUAUAAAUAAAUAAAUAAAUAAAUAAAGAAAUAAAGAAAUAGAAGAAAAGUAUGUAUAGUGAAAAUCCAG